GGUAAUUUAUCCACCAACCAAUGAAAAUGAGCAAUUUGUUGGUCGGGUCAAGAUAGUUCAUGGAUACCACUUAAAAAUGUAUUUAUGUGGCUUAUGUGUAUUAGUUGGAGUAAAUUACCCACCAUUCUUCUAUGGGUACCCUAGUUGUCACCUUAUUUAGCCCAUUAACCUCUUUGGCCUCAAACAAAACUCACUCAAAGAACCGUUCUCAACUUUCCUCUCGUUCUCUCAACCUCAUUCAACAUGUUUCAUUUACUGACUGCACAAUCCUUCACGCUCAAUUCCUAGCUGUGGAGAACGCCGAGUUGCACUGAUUCACUCGACGGUAAAGGGAAAGCUACGGAGUUGAUUUGUUUUUUCAACUCAGUAGUGAGUGACAAAUUUCAGGUUCUGAAUUCUUUUCUCAAUAUGCCUCCUAAGUUUAGAAAGUAUGAAUCCGGAUAUGAGAAACGUAAGAAAAAGAAAAAACUUGAAGAGUUUAUUCAAUCUCAAAGAGGAGCUCUUGAUAAAUUUCUUAUAAAAGAACCACAAAUUCCUGUUGAAAAUCAGAAUGUCGGUAAUGUUAAUGUUGAUGUUGAAAUUCUUGAAAAUGUGGUUACAACUGAGAAGAGUAAUAUGGAGAAUGAAAGUGUUGAUUUGGAAAAUAGAGGUGAUGUUAAUGGUGAUGAUGUUAAUUUGAAUAAUGAAGAUGAUAAUCUGGAGGAUAAUGUUAAUGACAAUGUAGAGCAUGGAAACCCAUCUGAACAUUUGUUUGAUAUAUUUGAUCCAAGAAAUUGGGAUGCUCUUGAUUCUAAAAUGAUUGAUUUAUUAGUUAUGGAAGGUCCUAAAAGAGAUUUGUCCGUUGUGAAUGGUCCUAAAGAUAAACUUUCUAGACGCUUUACGUCUAAUUUGUAUACUAGAGUUUUAUCAAAUGGAGAGAAGUGUGAUAGAGAUUGGCUUGUUUAUUCGAAAGAGUUUGAUAAAGUAUUUUGUUUUUGUUGUAAAGUUUUUAAAAGAGUGAUUAGUAAAGGUCAAUUAACAAAUGAGGGUUUUGGUGAUUGGUCACAUGUUGGUGGAAGACUUAGAGAGCAUGAGAGAGGCAUGGAACAUGGUAAGAAUAUGACUACUUGGUAUGAGUUGCGUCAAAGGCUGCAAAAGAAUCAGACUAUUGGUAAAACGUUUCAAAGACUAAUUGAGAAAGAGUAACCUUUUGGAGACAAUGCAAUAUGAAGACUUUGAUGAAUUUGUUUCAAAAAGUGUUAGAUUGAUGACUCUUUUUAAGUAUCUAGUAGACUGAUAUUAGUUAGAAGUGUUACAAUUUAACUAAAGUAGUUUGACUUUUUGGUGCUUCAUUUGGUAACAUUGAGUUUUUGAUGUUAUUGAUUAGAACAUGGUUCUUUCUUAUGUUAUCUACAAGGAUGGCUCUUUUUGAUGUUA